AUGUUUGAUCCAGCACGUAUAACGUAUAUGUCGGAGUCGAUUCCCGGUUACAUAGUGAUCGGUUUGAGAAUCGUCGCAUGGAUUUGGUACUGCACUAGCGCUUAUCUAACGGUCACAAAAUAUCCACUCAAACGAAAUUUUUAUUUCGUUCUUUCUGUCUUAAUGACUCUAUGGUUUUGGAUGAAUCCGAUCAGUGUGGUAAUAGCGAAUUUUUUACUGGAUAAUUGGGUCCGAGAAGAAAUUGUGAAUCUGGUGGAUUGUGUGGUUGUCGCUUACGGUUACGUUGUCUUUAUGAUGCUUACAUGGCCAUCGAGUGCAAAUGCAAACUUUCCAUAUCACGUGAGGACAGCGCAGAUCGGUGACUCGAGUUGCAUAGUGAACGAUGCCAACUAUCCACAAAAUGCCUACGAGGUACGUUAUACGAAUGCUGAGAGUACGCUACACCGAGUGCAGCAACGCUCGGCAACAACCGACAUUUCAGAGCGAGUUACGCAUCAAAACAGACAACCGAACCGUUGA